ACGCACACGUCCACGCACACACGCAUACACAAACACACGCGUACGCACACUCACCGAGCUCUUCUCCGACAGAGGAGAGAGAGCGAGCGCAGAGAGGGAUACGCAAAGGGAGAGAGAGAGACUAUAGGAACGCAGUGGCUUGUGUGUGUGUGCGUGUGUGUGUGUGUAGGUACGCUCGCUCGGUGGUAGAAACGACUGGCGGGGCGGAUAUGGAGGGGCUCAGGAAAAACGCUGGGAACUGACCGAACACCGAGACGAAGAGAGAGAGAGAGAGAGAGAGAGGGGAAGGACGGACGGACAGCACGGAAGGAAGGAAGGAAGGAAGGAAAGGAGGAGAGAGAGAGAAGUCUGACAGAGGAGAGGAAGACUGUGAAGAAGGGGCUCGUCUGGAACACAGAAGGAUCCUAAGGAGCGAGCCCUGGGCUGGAUGGGACCCACCAUGCCCCCCAGUAAGAAGGCCCAGAGCCCCAGUAGUGGAGCCAGUGCCUCGCAGGGUAUGAGCCCGCCGUACCGGCAGGGGGACGCUGCCACAGCUGCAUCCGAGGCCGAGGCAGCUGACCUAUCCCUUUCCCUGUCCGCCUCCUUCUCCAAGGCCGAGGACGAGGAGCUCACCAGCCUCUCCUGGCUCCAUGAAAGCACUGACCUCCUCAACAGCUUCAGCCACUCGGGGCUGCGUAGCGUCUCCCCCCUCCAGGACCCAGACGGUCAGCACCCACGCUCACCCUCCUCCUCGUCUCCCUCCCUGGAUGACCCCCUGCUCGGCGAUGCACACUCCGCGUACGACUUGGCAGCAGGGGCCAACCGAAAACCGCCAUACUCCUUCAGCUGCCUGAUCUUCAUGGCCAUUGAGGAUGCGCCAAAUAAGCGGCUGCCUGUCAAGGAUAUCUAUGGCUGGAUCCUGGAGCACUUCCCUUACUUUGCAAGCGCCCCCACAGGCUGGAAGAACUCAGUGCGCCACAAUCUGUCGCUCAACAAGUGCUUCAAGAAGGUGGAUAAAGACCGGAGCCAGAGCAUAGGCAAAGGCUCUCUGUGGUCCAUAGAUCCGGAGUAUAGGCACAACCUGAUCCAGGCACUGAAGAAGACGCCGUACCAUCCCUACUCGCCCGGCCUGGCCACCCCCUCCACCUCCCCUCCCACCUUGCCUCAGACAUUUCACCACAGUCCUCCAUUGUGGUCGGGGAGUCCCCUCUUCAGAAAGAAUGGAGGAGUUCUCCUACAAGUUCCUCGUGGAGUGAUCCAAAAUGGCACCCGUGUCAGGAGCCAGGCACUCUUCCCUGUGAUAAGACCCCUACCUGUAAGCCCUGUGGGGAGCAGAACCUCGGCCAUAAGAUCAUCCCUGGGAGAUUAUCUAAGCCGAGGACAGGACAGCCCAUCGCGCUACACUCCUCCGCCCUGCAGCGAGGACCUCCAGGACGACCACACUUACAGCACCGCCAAAUCCCCCAGCAGGCUGUGCUCCUCCCAGGUCGCCACCCCUUCCUCCCUCCUGGACGACGACGACGAUAUCAUCGCCGUAGAGAUCCAAUCAGACGUCAAACCCGAGCCCCGGGAGAUCCCGCUGGAUUCUCACGUCACCACUGCCGCCGCCACCUACAUUUCCCAGCAGGCCCUGCGCGGACAGAGACGUAGUUCAGGGGCAGGAGCUGGGACUCUGGCAGGAAGCAGUUUGCCCUGGACCAAAAACCGAGCGAGGGGCAUUAGCGACACCUUGCCGCUGAAGAAACGGCGCGCGGCGGCGGUGGAGAAGCCGCCGGAGAGUGACGACGAGGAGAUGAAGGAGGCAGCGGGGUCGCUGCUCCACCUGGCGGGGGUCAGAGCCUGCCUCAACAACAUCACAAACCGCACCGCCAAGGGCCAGAAGGAGCAGAAAGAGGCCCUGAGAAACUAAGACGCACACGUAGAAAAAGUACAUAGUCAUGCAAACACACACGGACAGUAUACAGCUCAAAGCACGCACACACACACACACAUACAAAACACAAAUAGGUCAACAGGUAACGUUACUACAGCAUUAGUCUCAACGGACACUUCUCAUCUCCCUCUAUCUAUCUGCAGGGCAUUAGGUGAAUCCUACUUAUUUGUGGCAAUAUCAAAAAUCUAUGUUUUCCUACAUGUUCAGCAACACUAACAUCAAUGGGUAUUUCUCAUGUGUCUUUGUUGUUUUUGUUGUUUAAAAGGGGAUGAAAGCCAUAAAAAAGCAUUGUUUUGUCACUAAUUUGGACAAGUUGAACACAACAAAACUGAAUCACAUUGAGGAGCGUACAGUACAUAAACACGAAAGAUGGCUGUUUGUCUUACCUGUUUUUUUCAAUGUGAAUCUGUAGCAAUCUUGCAGUGAUGCCAGCAAUGACGGCAGAGCCUAUUUAACAAGACUUAGAGCUCUCUCGGCCGCUCACUGGCAUCACUCUCCUACAUCCACGAGCACAAAUGUGAGACUGUGCCAAAGAUAAGCGACCAGGUUGCUUCAUGUAGCCGAUACGACAGUUGACAAAAAAAAAAGGAAUGCAUAGUAGUAAAGAAGAGAGAAUGACCUUGAGUGUCAAAAUAAUUGUAAAACCCAAUGUGAUAUAUAUUCAUGCACUUAAGAUUAUUUAACGCCACUUAUAAUAGAUGCAUCAUGGGUAAAGACAUGGUUUAUUUCAAGAGCACUCAUAGUAUUUAAGAAUAGAUAUUUUAAAAUGAAAAAAAAGGUCAUGUUUAUCACCAUAGCGAUGGAUAGUGUGCCGGGUCUGAGGCAAUAUCUCCUUCAUUUUGUUGUUGUUGUUGCAUAAUGUAAACGUCCCUAAAACUUCCCCAGUACUUCUGUUCAUAGACGUAGACACCUGGUAUAGAUAUCGUAGCUACCAGUAGCUACCACACCUUCCUAUUCAUUUGACAAGGUCAAAGAACUAUAUACAUAAACUGUGGGUUUAGAUUUCUGUUUGUGUCUGUUUACCCUCACUCUACCCUCAUAAAGAUAUAAGCAAUUUGUCCCGUGUGGACAACUCUGUAAAAAGGUUAGAAAAUAUUUUAUUUUUUUCCUUUCUUAAUUGAAGCAAUUUGACCUGCAGGACUUUCUCAGUUAUAUUGCAUGGGUGCUUGUAAAUAAGAUAAAAAGCAAAUCUUUUUUAUUCAAAGAUCAUGUAAGAUAAACAAUGUAUUUAGCAUGAAGCAUGACUUAUUUUCAUAUAAACCUUGAUCCUAGAGGAAAGAAAAAAGUUUUGCCGCCAAUUCUUAUACCCGUGAUUAUAUUGGAUUUUUUGUUUGUUUGUUUGUUUGUUUGUUUGUUUGUUUGAAUCUUUUGGGUUCUUUUUUUUUCUGAACGGGCUUUCAAAGACACGUCUUCAGGGAGGAAUGUGGGAGAUCACUCUGCAAUUAGAGGCCCGAGGGUGCCACCUCUGGGCUUCGGGUUCAGGCUAUGUACGCCAGCUGAAUCACCUCUUGGGGGUGGGCUUCCGUCUUCUUCUGCCUGUACAGUGAUUUUUAGGUGUUCAGUGUUAACCCCAGUGUUAUUUCAGAACACAUCUGUAGAGUGUGUGAGUUUGUGUGCCCAGGAACACACACCCUUUAACAUUGUGCCUGCCUGCCUGCCCUCAGUACCUCUGUUGUCAUGUCUCUGACAUGUUUUGACAGAAAGUUACCUGUCUUUAUUUAUAACAGUAUUGGUUUUUUCUCUCUCUCCUGUGUGUAAAUGUACAUGUGUCCUUAUUUUCCAUCAACAUUGUUCAGUGUAAAAGUAUGGAUCAGACGGGCUUGGGAAACUUUGUAGGUGCCCUGAAAGAACCUCAUAUCUCAAAAAAAAAGGCUACUCUGGAGUUGAAUUGAAAAGGAAGAGAGAAUGUAGGAGAUGGAAUAAAUUUUUGAUUUACAUACAGUAUUGUUAAGGAAUUACCUGCCAUUGUGGAUGUCAAGCUUGCAUACAGUCUAUCACAUAUUUAUCUUAAGAGACCAAUCUGAAGAUCAGAGGGUUUUUUACUAUUUUGCCAAGACGUAUGUGUAUCUCACUUAUGGUCAUGAAAACACUGACUUGAUUGAAAUUCACAAGGACAGUACUGAGUGCUGACAUUUUUGCAUCAGAGGUGAUAUAGAUACUGCACUGCCAUUAUUUGGCAUGCUUUCACUGAAACAGGAAUGAAUUAAAGUAUUAAUUUCCCCCCACUUACACAGAUGCAGUGCAAAUAAAAAAGCAGCUUUAUAGGAGAAAACAUGGGCUGAGUUUGGUUGUAGCAGCAGAGUCAGACAUGGUUUUGUUUAAGCUGUUGAGUGAUUGUCAGCGAGCCAAGCAGGCAAACAAAUGCAUGUCCCAUCCACUGGUACAGUCUUUUGCCACCUGUAGCAUGCAUCACUGGCUUUGCAUUUUGUAUGGUAUCCAUGCCGACAUAUAAAAAAGGCUAAAAGGAGACACUGUCAGUGUUCGUGUUGUGUGCCAUCCGUCUCUCGUCUGAUAUCUGUCUGAGUGCUCCCGCGGCCCAGGUCAAGCACUCUGCUGUACUUGCAGUAACAAUCCACUGUUGUGGUGACUAAUAACGUGUUCAGCUGGCAAGAGGCAUGUUGAGGGAUGAAUGUGUUGCUUUAGCAACCACCUUUUUUCCUCUGACUCAGUGACAUGCAGGAAAGAUGAACGCUUGACCUACCAGUCCUGGAAAAACAGAGCAACACAUAGAAUAUAUGUGGAACAUUUUAAAGCAAAUGAAACAUACUGCCUGAGAAGCCCCCUAAAACAAGUGUUUCUUUCAAACCUGCCAAACAUACAGUGAAAUGCUCUUAAAAAACAGUUGCCAUUUUUUGUUUGUUGUUUUAUGUGCAUUUUCUGUUCUGUUUUCUCUCUAACAAAAUUAUCUACAAUACUGCCAUUAUUUUUUGGGAGACUGUCUGAGCUGAAUAUUGGAAAGCCAUAGGUUAGAGAUGUCAAAAUGCAAACCUGUUAUCGAUCUGUGAGAUGUGAUGCGGAGUACACCCAGGUGUUGUUUUUUUUUCAGUAAAUGUUCAAUUCUCUCCUUGUUGUGCAAUCAUAUUGCCAAAGAAUGAUUUCAAGACCUAUUUCAUCACUACAUGUAAAUAUCAACGUUGUCCAAUACCGUGGCAAAAAAUAUAUAAAUGUUGUUUUAUUUUGUUUUCCAUUUUCUGAAAAACUGCAAUGAUGUUUAUGUGAUGUAUUGUCUUCCAGUUGGUUGCAAUAAUAAAAAAUACAAGUUGCAGAAGA